CAAACUAUUUCCAAUUUAAGAAAACAACUUUAAAACUCAAAGUCAUUUUCCUCUACUCUUACAUAAAAGUGUUGCUACAUUUAUCAACAUCAACUAAAUUUUAAUUUGAAAGUUGAACUUCAAUAUUUAUCAUGUUAUAUACUCCCUUGAAUUUCUUCCUACUUUCACAUAUUUCUAAGUUUGUAAACAAGAUGAUUCUUUAAAUUGUUUUCAUCUAACUAUCUAGCUAUCUAUAUGACAUGCUUAAUAUUUCACGACGAGAUCUCUAAUUUGUUUUUUCAUAUUAUGAUUUUCUUUUCAUUGAACUAUACUUAAGGUAAAAGGUGAAUUUCUAGAUUUUUAAAUGAUGGAGCUCAAAGACCAUGUAAUAUCAAAGGAAAACCAAGAACUUCUCAAUGGUACUAGGGUAAGCGUCGAUCCUUAUACGGCCGCUCCUUUACAAGUAGCAACAACCAUUAAACCUCAUGGAAAUUUACAAAGUUAUUCAACGGUUGAAGGAUCAUUGGAAUCAACCAAAGAAAGUUCACCAAAAGGUGGUGUGGACGUAAAAGAAAAAUGCAGAGGUAUAUCAAAUAAAAAGAAUAUCUAUAUCUUUCGCCAUGAUGAUUUCAUGUACAAUAACAAUGAGGUAUUUGUUUUCUUAUAUUUAACGCAGGACGAGGUUUUAACUCCAAGAACAAGAAGCAUAGCAAUGGAGGAGUAUAGGAAGAAAUCUAUAGUCGUUAUAGAAGAAUACUUUGCAAAUGACGAUGUUGUUUCUACAACAAAUGAAUUAAGAGACCUUGGGAUGCCAAACUACGAUUAUUAUUUUGUUAAGAAACUUGUCUCAAUGGCCAUGGAUAAACAUGCCAAGGAGAAGGAAAUGGCUGCGGUCUUACUAUCUUCUCUUUAUGCUGAUGCGAUUAGUCCUUCACAAAUUUAUAAAGGGUUUUCAAAACUGGUUGAAUGUGUGGAUGAUUUGAUUGUGGAUAUACCAAAUGUUGUGGAUACACUGGCUCUAUUUAUCGCAAGAGCGAUUAUAGACGAUAUUCUACCACCAAUAUUUUUAACUAAGCAAAUGAAUAUCUUACUAAAAGAAUCUAAGGGGGUUGAAGUCAUAAAAAGAGUAGAGAAGGGUUAUUUAUCAGUACCUUAUCAUACUGAGAUAAUUGAAAAUAAAUGGGGAGGAAGUAAGAAUAAAACAGCCGAAGAUAUCAAAGCAAAAAUAAGCACGUUAUUGACAGAAUUUGUUGUUAGUGGCGAUAAGAAAGAGGCUUGUAGGUGCAUAAAAGAGUUGAAUGUUCCAUAUUUCCACCACGAAAUCAUGAAACGCGCUUUGCUAAUUGCGAUGGAGAAAAGAAAAGCUGAAGGUAAGAUCUUAGAGUUACUAAGAAUGACAGCGGAAGAAGGUCUAAUAAAUUCAAGUCAGAUAAAUAAAGGAUUUAAUCGAAUGAUUGACACCAUUGAUGAUUUGUCACUUGACAUACCAAAUGCUAGACGAAUACUUCAAUCCUUAAUCUCAAAAUGUGCAUCUGAAGGUUGGUUACCAGUUUCAUCCUUAAAGUCAUUUUCAAUAGAGCCAAAAAAGAGAUCGCUUGAGGAAGGUGCUGCAAAAUCUUUUAAAUCGAAAGCUCAAGCCAUCAUUCAAGAGUACUUCUUAUCACGAGAUACAAUGGAGGUAUACAAUUGCCUAGAAUCAGAGAAUUGUAUAUCAUCUUCAGAGUUGAACGUCGUAUUUGUCAAGAGAUUAAUAAACUUAGCAAUGGACCGUAAAAAUAAGGAGAAAGAAAUGGCAUCCAUUCUUCUUUCAUCUUUAAGUUUACCAGCAGAGGAUGUCGCAAAUGGAUUUAUUAUGCUAAUAGAGUCCGCUGAUGAUACAUCCUUGGAUAAUCCAAUUAUUGUUGAGGAUCUAGUAAAGUUUCUAGCUAGAGCAGUAAUAGAUGAAGUGAUAACUCCUUCUCAAUUGGCGGACAUAGGUAACCAAAUUAUUGGGUGUGAUUCAAUAGGAAAUAAGAUCAUUCAAAUGACAAAGUCACUUUUGAAAGCCCGUCUUUGUGGGGAGCGUAUAUUAAGGUGUUGGGGUGGUGAAGGAAGUCGAGGAAAUGGGUGGACUGUAGACGAUGUGAAAGAUAAGAUAGGGAAACUUUUAGAAGAAUACGAGUGUGGAGGGGGUCUAACAGAAGCAUUUAGGUGCAUAAAGGAGUUAGGGAUGCCUUUCUUUCACCAUGAAGUUGUGAAGAAAGCAUUAGUGAUCGUCAUGGAGAAGAAAAAUGAAAGAAUGUGGAAUUUGCUACAAGAGUGUUUUACUUCAGGGCUUAUAACAAUGAAUCAAAUGACAAAGGGUUUUGCAAGAGUAGAAGAAUCCCUUGAUGACUUGGCCUUAGAUGUUCCAGAUGCCAAGCAACAAUUUUCUUGUUAUAUUGAAAAGGCCAAGAGUUUAGGUUGGAUGGAUCCUUCAUACUUUUACAAACCAACAACUACUUGAGUAUGGUUUAUUCAUUAGAAACUUAAUUUACUUUUAUUACUUGUUCAAUAUUUUAUGCAGUUUGUGUAAGUUAUAUGUCAUCAAUACACAUCAAUAUGUUCAUGAACUAAAGUACCAAUUUUUCUAUAUUGAAGUUGGAUUUUAUUAAA